AUGGGUGCCGUCGUAUCAUGUAUCGUUGGUGCAUUCCACGCGGUUGGUCGCGCACUUAUGGCCAUCGUCAAUGCCAUUGGUAGCGUAUUAAUGGCGAUUGUGAACGGAACAGUUUCAGUCCUCCACGCUAUCAUCUCCUUCUUAACCUGUGGCUGGUGUUCGGGUCGACGAUCGAGGGUUGGAGGGCAUCGGUCCAGAGUAGGAGGGCAUCAUCGCCACACGAGACGACCUGUGAUGAGCUCUGUCUAA